AUGGCCUCAGUCGAAGACAAGAUUCGCUCUGCCGCAACUCGCAACCACGAGCUGCUCGGCGUCCUCUCUGUCACAGACCAUGCCGUACCCGACCUCAAGAACCAGAAAAGCUACAUUGCCGACUUGGAAAGCCAGGUCAAAAAGAACGCAAACAAACUCACGAUUCUCAAAAGCAAACACGCAGUCGAGCUGAGGGACCACGAGAACUACCGCGACAGCGUCGUCCGGCGCUUCGUGUACAAGAUUGGUGGCCAAAAGGACAAGUUUGAGGCUCGCGCCGCCAAAGAAGAGCGCGAAUAUUUUGACGUGUUGCAAGAAGAGCAUCGCGAGACGGAGGCGAAGAAGAACCUCGAGUCUGCGCUUGCCCAGGCGCGUAAAGCGUCAGCAGAGCUCGAAGCCGUCGUCGAGCGACACAAUACUGCACAGCAAGAGCUCGACAGUCUCUACAACGACAUCUUCUCGGGGCCCACGCCUCAGUUCCCCGAGGAGGACGAGCGGGAGCAGGCCUGUACGUCAGCGCAGACAAACUACCAAGAAGCCCGUAUGCGAGCGGAGAGCCAGUUCCAGGCCAUCAAGAUGCUGGAGCAGGCAAAGCAGCGCAUGGGCAACGCGCUCAAGGCCAUGCAGGAUGCGCUAUCGGCGUCUCGCCUCGACAUGUUUGGCGGCGGCACCAUGGCGGAUGUGAUGGAGCGAAAUGCCCUCUCCCGGGCCGAAGUGCAACUCUCCCAAGCCCGCAUGGACAUGAUGAACGCCCAGCGGAUGGACGCCGCAAUCAAAGACUUGCCCGGCGUGAAAAUCUCCCACGGCAGCUUGAUGGGCGAUGUGCUGUUUGACAACAUCUUCUCGGACAUGGACUUUCACGACAAGAUCAAGCGGUCAAACGCCGAGGUGGAGCACUGCGCCAAGGUGCUCAAGCAGGAGAUUCAAGGAGCACAACAGCGGCAUCAGGGCACCGAGGCCGAGGUCAAGGAGUGGGAGAGACACCUGAAAGAUGCGCGGGCGGCGCUGCAGACGGCGAGGGAGAUGGCGUUUGAGAGGACGCUCAACGGUGGGGGAGGAGAGUUGCCGCCGGCGUACUCGGUGCAAAAGGUAGUUUAG